UACUUUGUACACAAAGCCAGAUCGGAAGGUGCAUACACAAAGCAAGAUCGGUCUGUCUCUGAUCAUCGGACAGUGCAGGUUAACUAAAGCAAUAAUUAGUUUAUGAUGUCAGAGCUACAUAACAUGACAUCAGAGUUUCCCUAUACUGAAAUCAGCAGAUUUGAUACUGAGUCCACUAUAAAGAUUGAGCCACUUGGGAUACCUGACUCUGUGGAGAAGGAGGAAAACCAACAGCUUGUAAUAGUGAAGAAGGAAGGGGGGCAGUUUGAAUCCGAUCAGAGAAAUACUGAAAAUUUGAAGAACUGCUGUUCAGAAGAAAAUGUUGAAGGACUUAUCUCUACAAGUAUGGAAAGGGGAGAGUUUGAAUCCGAUCAGAGAAAUACUGAAAAUUUGAAGAACUGCUGUUCAGAAGAAAAUGAGACAAGAGAUGAAGAAAAACAAAUCAAUGCAAGUAAGGAAAGGGGGCAGUUUGAAUCCAGUCGGGGAAAUACUGAAAAUUUGAAGAGCUGCUGUUCAGAAGAAAAUGAGAUAAGAGAUGAAGAAAAACAAAUCAAUGCAAGUAAGGAAAAGGGGAAGUUUGAAUCCAAUCAGAGAAAUACUGAAAAUUUGAAGAGCUGCUGUUCAGAAGAAAAUGAGACAAGAGAUGAAGAAAAACAAAUCAAUGCAAGUGUAAGUUCUCAGCCUGGUUUAUUUAACAGUAAGGAAGAUUUCACUCACUCAGAUCAAUUACAAAGGCAAACGGGGGCACAGAACGGGAAUAAAAUUUCGAAAUGUGAAUUUUGUGGGAAGGCCUUCGGUGUAUCUCUGUUUCGGACACAAACUGGUGAAGAUCCUGAUAUCUGUGAUGAUUGUGAAAAGACAUUUAACCAAUCAGGCACCUUGCACAAUGAUAAGAGGACACAUACUGGUAAUAUACGCUAUAAAUGUGAUGUGUGUGAAAAACCCUUCGAACGAUUUUAUUCUUUGAAGAUACAUAUAAGGAUACACACAGGUUAUGAACCUUAUAAAUGUGGUGUGUGUGGAAAAACUUUUAUGGUAUUUACAGUUUUAAAGAGGCACAUGAAGACGCAUACAGGAAAUAAACCUCAUCAAUGCGAUGCCUGUGGAAAGUCAUUUUCUGAAUCAAAUAACUUAAAGGCCCAUCUUAUGACACAUACAGGUGCUAAACCUUAUAAAUGUGAUGUGUGUGGAAAGGCAUUCAGUCGGUCACCUGACUUGAAGAGACACAUGAGGAUACAUACUGGUGAUAAACCUUUCAAAUGUGAUGUAUGUCAGAAGGCAUUCACCCAAACACAACACUUACAGAGUCACAUGAGGACACAUACUGGUGAUAAACCUUUCAAAUGUGAUAUAUGUGAGAAGGCAUUCACCCAGUCACAAUGCUUGCAGAGUCACAUGAGGACACAUACAGGUGAUAAACCUUUUAAAUGUGAUAUAUGUCAGAAGGCAUUCAUCCAGUCUCCGAACUUACAGAGUCACAUGAGGACACAUACUGGUGAUAAACCUUUCAAAUGUGAUGUAUGUCAGAAGGCAUUCACCCAGAUACAACACUUACAGAAUCACAUGAGGACACAUACUGGUGAUAAACCUUUCAAAUGUGAUGUAUGUCAGAAGGCAUUCACCCAGUCACACUACUUACAGAAACACAUGAGGACACAUACUGGUGAUAAACCUUUCAAAUGUGAAAUAUGUGAGAAGGCAUUCACCCAGAAACAGUACUUACAGAGCCAUAUGAAGACACAUACUGGUGAUAGGCCUUAUGUUAAGUCUGUGAAAAGGCGUUUCACCGAUUAGAUAAUUUACAUGAACACAGGUUUGAGGAAGACGCAUACUGGUGAUAACCGUAUAAACCUUAUAAAGGUGAUCUAUGUGGAUAGGCAUUCAACUGUGCAGGAAAAUUACAGAUACACAUUAGAACACAUACCGGUGAAAAACCUUAUAAAUGCGAAGUGUUGGAAGGCAUUCAAGAGGUCCAAGGACUUACAGAAUCACAUAAGGAGACAUAUAGGUCAUAAACCUUAUAUUAAAAUGCGAUGUUAAUUCUUGAAAGGACCAUAUAACGAUAGAUAUAGGUGAAAAACCUUACAAAUGUGAUGUAUGUGGACAUGCAUUCAGUGGAUCAUAUAGAUAAAAGAAACACAUGAUUGACAUGAAGACACAUACAGGUGAUCGUCAUAUACACAUUAUAUAGUGUAGAAAAUAAAGGAUGGAAUAAAGUAUUUCAG